ACGACCUCUUAGCAUUUUGUAAAACUGCAUAAACAUCAUGUCCGAAAUAUGACAAGAGUCAGUGGGGAUCUCCUUCCACCUGUCAAUACCCCCUCUUUCCCUUCGGUACCUCUGCUACACGCACACACACACAACACACUACACACACACACUGAAGUCAGCUGGGAUGAAGGGGGCCCUUGUCUCCACCAAGCAUUGUUCCCUGCAGAGUUUGCCAGGCUUGUGUAACUUGGGAUUUUUCUUAUCCGGGGCUCCUUCACCGUCAAGUGAACAUGGCCAAUGUGGCAUCUCUGCGGUGGAUUGCAGCACUGUAUAUGUUUUGCUCAGUUUCAGGUGAUGGCUGCUCCCUAAUCCUCAAGCCCGCCAGGGUGGUGGUGGGCUUUGGGGAGCCGGUGUUGGUGAGUUGCGAGGCGACCCGGCCUGUGCGCGUGCUGGGCUGGGAGUCGGCCAUCAGCGCCGCGCACACUCAGCAAGGCCCGAGCGUCCAGUGGAAGGUGGACAGCCUCAUCGACUGGAUCGAGGAGCCCAUCUGCUAUGGGGUGUUCUUCACCGCGCCGCGCCAGUGCGAGGAGAAGCUCAAUCUCGUCCUCUAUAAAAACCCAGACAGCGUCACCAUCACGAUAGUGAAUCAUACCGGGCCGAUGGUGGCAGGAAAGGAGUACCAGCUCUUGUGUGAGGUCCAGAACGUUGCUCCCGUUCAGUACCUGAACUUGAGGUGGUACAGGGAGCGCAGCGAGGUGCAUAACCGCUCCUUUACCGAGCUGACUUCUCCCUCGCCGGUGCAAAUCUCCUCUAUCUUCGUCAUCACGCCCUCCGAGGCCGACGACGGCGCCCGGUACAGCUGCGUGGCCGAACUGGAACUGGGACCGGAGGGACCUCAACCACCUCUGACAGUCACCUCUAAGCCGCUGAGAGCGUCUGUGCAGUUUCCUCCGAUGUUCCAAAGUCCCGAGGCAGAAAGCGUGGUUGUGUCAGUCGGUGGCGAAACAACACUGAACUGCACCGCCACAGGGAACCCGACACCCGUCUACAGCUGGCAACCCGAGCCGGAGCCAAAAAAGGAAGAUGACCAAGGAGCUGUGCUCACUUCCUCCUCACUGGUGCCUGGAACCUACACCUGCACCGCAUCCAACACGCUAGGGAAGAAGAGCAAGCAGUUCACUGUCAAAGCCAAGAGCAAAGCUAGACAGAAGGUGUGAACCAACCACCAGGGAUUUUUACAACACAUCCAGUAUUUAUGCUAAAUAUGUCACAAUUUUAACAUAGAUAGCGUCUAGUGAGGCUUACAGUAGAGUGAACGUAUUUCCUCAAAUUGUUGCCGAUCUCAUUAGCUAUGACUGAUAACCACCGUGUAUGCCAUUGCCACAACAGUCUGCAAAGUGGCAUAUGCAAAGCUGAAGUUCAACAUGUCGAUUUAUCCAUCUAUUUUCUACACUGUAAGAAUAAAGGUGCUAAAUUUGUACCUUUCAUGGUCCAAUGGCUUGUCAUUGGGGGAAACAACCUUCUAGGGCACAUCCUCAUGAUUGUCAAUGUAAUCAUUUAGAAUGAACAUACAUGGCGCUGGACGGGCUUGGGGAAAAGUAAAGACAAUUUUGAAAGCCACCUCCGAUUAUUAUUAUUAUUGUUAGUAUUUUUGCUGACGAGUGUCAUUUACAAAUUCAAGGAUUUAAAAAUUUGUCCAUAUUGUGUACUGUAAACAGAAGACUCAAAAUGCUGUUUUUGUACCGUAACAAAGGAAUCAAAUGUGUACAGUAUAUACAAUACAACAUAACAUAACUUUAUGUAAAUACAUUAAUUUUCAUAACUCUAGGAAAUAAAAUGUAUUGAAUCAAAUCCCAUGAAGUUAUAAAAUGCUACACUGCCAUACCAUCAAUAGUCAACAGAUGUCGCUGUGAAAAUUGAAAGAAAUUCCAUGGGCUCGCUGAGCGUCACGUGAUCACAACAUUAAAUCAACGUGAAAACGCUUCCUUUCAGUAAUGCCAGCAAAAGAUCCUUGCAAAAAACAAGCUUGCGCCAUCCAGGCGUGUUUACAAGCUAACAAGUACGUGGAGAGCAUGUGCGCGGAUGUGAUCGAUGACAUGCGACGGUGCUGCCGGAUAUAUGGCGCAAACUCCCUCUGCUGCUCCGGUUUUAAAGAUCCCGAACACACAGAGAGGAAACCCAGCACGUAGUUUCCAACGUAGCUUGUGGGACAACAGCUGGAAGCAUCAGUGGCUGAAGUAUAAUUUAUUGAAUAAAUAUGUGAUGAAAUUGU